AGAGAACCAAAAAGGAAGAAAGAGAAAGAUCUUUUUAAGACCACAAAGAAGCUUGUGGCUCAAAUUGUAGGUAGCUUCUGAUGUGGCACUCCUACCUGCUUCACCGGAUCAACAACAAAACGCACAAUCAACCACACUCUCACACAACGUGUCACACCCCUUUCUCUCUCUCUACACUUUCUCUCUCUCUCCAACACCACCUUUUAUUUUUUUUUCCCCUUGAGACAAAAACAAAAGUAAAGAAAGAGGUUUAUUUUUAUUUGGGUCUUUUUUUAUUAGCGAAAAAAGGAAUAAAAGAAAAAGAUAACGGAAAUGUCGGAGGCAAAAGACCCGGCGAUCAAGCUCUUCGGGAAGACGAUCCCGGUGCCAGAGAUUCUGCCGGGAUCCAACGGAGCUCCGGCUUCGUCUUCCGGUGAUGUUGUUGUUGAUGACAGUGUUGACGCUUCUUCCACCAACUCUUCAAGGGAGUCUCAUACCAACACAGAUGCACAAGAGAAAGAUUUUGAUAAGGACACAUUGGGAGAAAAACCAACUGAUGACAAGAAGGAAGAUGGAGCCCCCGCCCAAUCAUCAGAAGAGGUCGCCAAUCCAGAUACUGCCUCUGGAACCUGUGAAGAAUCCAUCAUCCAGUCCACCGAGAGGGAGGCUACUACAUUGAAAACUACAAAGACUGAAGAAGAACAGGGCGAGACAAGUAAUUCACAGGACAAGAACCUCAAAAAACCAGACAAAAUACUACCUUGUCCUCGCUGUAAUAGCAUGGACACCAAGUUCUGCUAUUAUAAUAAUUACAAUGUCAACCAACCCCGCCACUUCUGCAAGAAUUGCCAGAGAUACUGGACUGCUGGGGGGACCAUGAGGAACGUUCCUGUAGGUGCUGGUCGCAGGAAGAACAAGAGCGUGGCUUCUCACUAUCGCCAGAUUACUGUUUCUGAAGCAGCCCUUCAGAAUCCUAGAACGGACUUGCCAAAUGGAGCAUAUCAUCCUUCCUUGAAGUGCAAUGGUACGGUCCUUACAUUUGGAACUGAUACACCCUUGUGUGAGUCAAUGGCAUCUGUUUUGAACCUUGCUGAUAAAACCAUGCACAAUUACACAAGAAAUGGAUUUCAUAAACCUGAGGAACUAAGAAUUCCUGUUUCCCAUGCCAGUGGAGAAAAAGGGGAUGAUCAAUCUAAUAAAUCUUCGGUUACCUCCACAACAUCUGUAGAAGGUGCAAGCACCAAUAGACCCAAAGAACAGGUUAUGCAGAAUUGUCAGAGCUUUCCGUCACAGGUUCCCUACUUUCCUGGGACCCCUUGGCCCAUCCCUUGGAAUCCAGUGCAGUGGAGUUCUCCCGUACCACCGCCUGCUUUUUGUCCACCCGGAUUUACCAUGCCAUUCUAUCCUGCAACAGCUUAUUGGGGUUGUGCUAUGCCAGGCACGUGGAACAUCCCAUGGCUAGCGCAACCGUCAUCACCAAAUGGUGCAACACCUAACUCUGGCCCCAACUCCCCAACCUUGGGUAAACAUUCAAGAGAAGACUACACAUUCAAACCAAAUGAGUCAGGUGGUGAGGAUGGACACAGUAAAGAAAACAACAAAGAAAAGAGCCUGUGGGUUCCAAAAACUUUGAGGAUUGAUGACUCGGGAGAAGCGGCAAAAAGCUCUAUAUGGGCGACACUGGGGAUUAAAAAUGACAAGGCUGACUCAGUUCCUGGGGGAACACUCUUUAAAGCCUUCCCUUCAAAGCAUGAUGACAAAAACCAUUCAAUGCAAUCCUCGCGGGUCUUGCUGGCCAAUCCAGCAGCAUUGUCUAGGUCACUUAACUUUCAUGAGACCUCAUAAUCAUGUAGCUUAUAAAUUUGUAAUUGUGUUUUAGGUGCAGCAAACUGAUUUGGCAGUGUUCAACCGGUCCUGAGGGAAACACAAGUUGUAAAGUCACAUUGGUUCACUAGCUUUGUUUGUAAGAAGAGUUAGUUCUGUUGUCAGUCAACUGAAGAAAGAGCUGGAUGGUUCUUCAUGCAUUUCCUUCUAAGGUGAAGGAGCAUUCUUGUGUUUGCUGAGUAUCUCCCUUGUCUUAGGUGUCAUCUAGGCAAUUUUACCCACUUCCCUUUCAUUCAGAUGGUUUUCUUAGUUCAUGUACAUAAAUAUAUAUAAGUUCAUAGUGAGACAUAGUGAGUUUGUUUUCCUAGACCUCGUAUGUAUAUAAAUAAGAAUAAGAAUGGAAGUUCAAAUUGAACUUCUUUGUUCUGGUUUCUUUCUUUCAGAAUGUAACCUUAAUGCUUUUCAUUGACUCAUCCA